AUGGAUUCAGUACACUCCAAAAAACAUGAUCAGCGUCAAAAGAGGCGCUGCACCGAAGCACCAACGAACUCGCUCAGCUUAGACCUGUCUCCAGAGCCAUGGUUCCCGAAAUUCCUUGUGGCCCAUGCUGAGGACGAGACAAAGCCGUUAUCGAAAGUGUCACCAUUUCUCAUUGCAAAAGAAAUUGAAAAAAACAUCGGGAAGUCGUAUAAAGCAAAGAAGCUCUCAUCUGGAGACAUUCAAAUUGAAGUAGAAAACAGAUCCCAAAGUUCAGCCCUUAUGUCUAUAAAGAAACUCGGUGACAUUCCAGUAUCAAUCACAAAACACCGUAUCCUGAACAUUGUCAAGGGGGUGAUUUCCGAGAGUGAACUCCUUGACUGUUCCGACAUCGAGAUCGAAGAAGGUUUGCGCGAGCAUGGCGUUGUGGCGGCGAGGCGGAUAGUCAUGCGUCGGGAUGGCAAAGAAAUGCGAACCAAGCACAUCGUACUGUCAUUCCAGCUGCACAGACUCCCUCAAACCAUCAAACCAGGUUACCUGAACUGCCACGUGCGACCCUACGUUCCGAACCCGCGGCGUUGCUUCAAGUGUCAACGUUUCGGGCAUGGAUCACAGGUCUGCCGUGGACAGGAAACAUGUCCAAAAUGUUCAGGCAAUGGUCACACACCAGAAUCAUGUGAGAACACGGUACGUUGCACAAACUGCAAAGGUGACCACCCAGUAUACUCAAGAUCUUGUCCCCGGUGGAAAGCAGAAAAAGAAAUACUUCGCAUCAAAGCAGAACAGAACAUACCAUAUAAAGCAGCAAAAGCACAAGCAGAGUUUGCUAGUAAAGGCACUUUCUCCGAGGUGGCGCGCAGGGGAGUCGCACCACUGAGGAAAUCUGUAGAGACCCAGACUUCUGGGUGUCUACCUCAAACUCCCCAGCAGAAAGGUGGAGACACGAGUGUGUCUCUUCCUGCUCCUACAUCUCCUGGGAGCACCCUGGCUUGCCAGGCACGCAGCAAGGAGAUAGCCACAAUUUCUAAUGAUGUUGAUGGCACAAUCUCAGUCUGGGACGGAACCAUGCUGGAACCAUCCCAGACCAUGUCACAAAACAUGGAAUUGGAUGACGAUGACUGCUUAUCCCAGAAAUCGUCAUCCAGUUUGCCAGGUGUUCUCUCUCAGGGCAAAGAAAAGAGAGAGAAAACAUCUGGUCGAGGUAGGGGUAGCAGAACAAAAGACAUGCAGAAAUUACCUCCACCAAGAAUAACCCCUCCUUGA